AUGCCUGUCCAAUUGAGUCCUCCACCAGCCAAAGCUGGCAAUACCGACUGGUACAACCCAACGACGGGGACUGGUACCUUGAGCGUCGCCCAGCAAGCAUAUCAAGAUGCCGUUGAUUACUACCGGACAGAGCUCACCCAGAGCCAAUUCAAACGAGUGGCCGUCGGCGUAUACGUGUCCAUGUUGGACAUGCAGGAAUCUGUAACUCAGGCACAAGAUGUCUACAAUGGAACACACAAGUCCAAGAAGAAGAUGCAAAAAUGGCUUCAGAGAUUCUCGUCACAAAUCAUGUUCUAUGGACAGGUCCUUGACGUCCUUGUACAGCAUCAUCCAGAAUAUGUUUCACUUGUGUGGGGAUCAAUGAAGUUCAUUUUUGUGGGAGUCCUGAAUCACGGAGAGCUGCUGCUACAAUAUGCCAAGAUGCUUACUGAGAUCGGACAACUUCUGCCCCGGACCGAGUUAAACGCGACGCUUUACCCAACAUUACGCCUGAGAGAAGCUAUAUCAUUACUUUACGCACAAAUCAUCAAGUUUCUCCAGGAUGCCUCCAAAUGGUAUCUGAGAAGCCCGGCCGGACGUGCCCUUUCAUCAAUUUGUAGUCCAUUUGAAGUACGCCUCAAGGAAACCCUAGAGAAGAUCAACGAGUGCUCUAGACAUGUUGAUCAAAUUGCAAGCGCAGCUGCGAGGGCUGAGCUCAGAGAUGUCCACAUCAAGAUAGAUCAACUUAUGAAUCUCACAGCAAAUCUCCACAUCAUGUCCUCGAGAAUACAGCCAGAGUUUGCAGAGAUCAAAGGCCAGCUAUGGGAUCUGCAGCUCGCCCGAUUCCUGAAAAGCAUAUCACCUUAUUUCAAUUCUGACCAGAACGCCAGACUCAUCAUCAAAAUUUCCCGGAAGCGCAUUUAUAUGCAGAUGGAUGAUAGGGUGCUACGCAAGAUUUGCGCAGCCCUGACCAUGUGGUCCUCAGUCGCGGGUGCCACCAUGUUGAUCCUCAGAUCCGGACCACGAGCAGAAGCCAUCACACACGGAAUGGCUGCUUCAAUUAUCAACAUCAUUCGGGCCACAAACGUUCCCGUGGCUUGCUUCUUUUCUCCGAGGAAGUUGCAAGGUACACUAAAGGUUACAGAUAUUCUAAAAGCCGUCGUCGCGCAAGCAUUCACGUACUGCUCAAACGGCUCAAGCCUGGGUCGAGCACAAAUCAGCACGAGCAACUUGUGUCAUGGAAACUCGCAGGAUGAGUGGUUCGCUCUUCUCCAGCUCAUUGUCGCACGUGUCCAGAAAUUAUUCCUCGUUAUUGAGGCCGAACCGCUGUUUUGCUCGUUUGACAAAGAAGAGGCAGCUCCGUUCUUGCGGAUGUUAUCCAAAUUGAUCGAUACGGCCAACACUCAAGGAAACCAUCUCAAGAUCCUUGUCUUUACUUAUCGUCUUGGGCGCGAUCAGCUACCAGAUUGGAAAGGAGCUCCAGGUUUUAUGAAUUUUCACAUCUCGGAACCAUCGCCAAGCCCAGCGACGAGGAAGAGUAUCUCUGCGCAAAAGUCGCGCGGCUCAAAUUUGCGAUUGAGAAAGGCUUUGCCAUUGGCGAGGCCGAUUAGUAUUUAG